GGGUAUACUCGCUGCUUCUUCUUUCACUCCACGCACGCCGUCGUUUCUAUUCACUCGUCGUCAGUAAGAAAGAUUCGUGAAUUUUUAGAAAUUUUCUUCAAAUUUUGAAGAUAAGUGGUUACUGGUAAACUAACGGUUUUGUUUUAAAGUAGCGGCGCAACAAUACUAUUCAACUGACUGACCUGACUGAUUAGUUUGUGGAAGGCUGGAGAAGACUUAAUUUGAUAGACGAACAGACAGACUUUUCUAAUUUUUUAAAGAAAAAAAAGAUAAAGUGUUUUAAAGAUGGCAAACCCUCCUGUUGAGAAUAAGUACAUGGCAGCGCUGGUCUACGAUUACUUGAAGUCUGCAGCAGGAAAUUUAGCAGAAACUUUCAAAACGAAAGUAAACCCGCCAGUGCUAGCCGCAGGUUCCCCAACGCUGCAAGAAGUUGUUAAGCAUUUCCAAGAAAAUGCUCCAGUGAAACGACGCCUUUCACUCCCUCAGUCUAAUACUCCAGCAGCGAAAAAGGCCAAGAAGGACUCCUCCAGCAGCAGUGACGAUUCUUCAGAAGACGACGAACCCAAGUCCAAGAUCCAACCUAAAUCUUCCCCUGUAAAACAGGCUGCCCCUGUUGUUCAGAAGAAGAAAGAAGAGUCUAGUUCAGAGGACGACUCUUCUGAUGAAGAUGAAGUUGACAAGGCCGUAGCGAAAAAACCCACUGCCCCUGUAUCUCCAGUUAAGGCUCCGGUUAAAGCAGUACCACAAAAGAAAGCGGAAUCUUCAUCAUCUGACGAUGACAGCUCUGAGGAUGAGAAACCAGCCGCGAAGAAGCCCGUCUCCCCCGUCAGGGCACCUGUGGUUGCUGCAAAAAAGAAGGAAUCAUCAUCUGAAGAUGAUAGUUCGGAGGACGAGAAACCAGCCGUGAAGAAGCCCGUUUCUCCCGUCAAGGCACCCGUGGUUGCUGCAAAAAAGAAGGAAUCAUCAUCAUCGGAAGAAGAAAGUUCGGAGGAUGAGAAGCCCGCAGUUAAGAAGCCUAUCGUCCCAGUUAAAGUCGCUCCAAAGAAACAAGAAUCUUCAUCAUCAGGGGAUGAUAGUUCUGAAGAUGAGAAACCUGCAGCAAAGAAGCCGAUCACGCCAGUUGCAGCCGCCAAAGCUUCGCCAACAAAGGUCGUUCCAAAAAAGAAGGAAUCGUCAUCUUCGGAGGACAGCUCGGAAGACGAAACCCCAGCUCCUAAAAAGCCAGUGGUUGCGACACCAGCUAAAGUUGUUGCCAAGAAAAAGGAAUCUUCAUCGGAGGAGGAUAGCUCUGAAGAUGAGACGCCAGCCCCCAAGAAAGCAGUUACACCCGCUUCGAAACUUCCUGUUGCUGUUGCUAAUAAGAAGAAAGAAUCAUCGUCAGAAGAUGAUGAUGAUGACUCCGACGAUGAGACACCCGUCGUCAAGAAGCCAGUCGCAGUUAACGGUGUUAGCAAAGUUAAUGGAAAUGGGGUUGCCGGUGAUGAUGACGAAAAUGAAGACGACGAGGAGGAAGAUGGAGGCUUUGCUAUUAAAAAAGCCAACAACUCUUUUGGAAGUCAAAAUGGCGGAGAAGAGGGUGAAGAACAACAGGAAAAUGGGUUCGGUGGUGGCAAUAAAUGGCAAGCGAGAAACUCGGAUGGUGGGGGUGGUCGAGGAGGAUCAUUUAGAGGUGGCGAUCGUGGACGAGGUCGUGGAUUUGGUGGGGACCGAGGCGGUGGCGGAUUCAGAGGUCGUGGUGGAUUCGGAUUCGGCGAUAGAGGUGGAGGUCGCGGUGGAUUUGGUGGUGGAGAUCGAGGAGGUUUCCGAGGCGGUCGUGGUGGGUUCGGAGAUAGAGGAGGUCGAGGUGGAUUUGGCGACAGAGGUGGUGGUCGCGGUGGGUUUGACCGUGGAGGUCGAGGUGGUGGAGGAUUUAGAGGAGGUCGUGGUGGAUUUGGUGGCGGAGGAAGGGGUUCACCAGCAAUUGCCCAAAGAAGAAGCGGUGGAUUCGAUAGUUCUGCUCCUACUCAAAAUAAAAAAGUUACUUUUGACUAGAUAUUUACUUCAAAACAAAUCAUCAGAAUUUAUAAUUUAUAUUACACUACGUAUCUUUAUAGGUUAUUUUAGUUAUUAGAUUAGAUUUACUUUUAUUUUUCGUGUCGUACGAAGUGUCUGUCCUUUCGUCACUAAAAUCAGUCUAGCCAAGACUACAAAUUCAUUUAUUAUGACUAAUUUAAAUUUUCAUUAUUUUUAGUCUUAUGUUGAUUCUUAACACAAGUGUAAACACAUUUAAUUGUUUAGAGGGGUGCUCGAGGAUCGUGGGGCGAGCGAGCUAAUACAGACUUGAAACACACCCGUGGCAAGUCUUUUCGUCAUGAGAAGACCAAAAAGAAACGCGGUAGUUAUCGCGGCGGAGCAAUCACAAUGGAAGU